AUGCCUGGAUUAUAUGAGAAGCUGACUUUCGUGGUAGCAGUGGUUCUGGCUGUCUUGGCCGUGGUGAGGUCGUCGCCAGUGGUGGGACCGGAGCCCAUCCGCUGUGCCACCUGUACGCAGGAGAAACUCAACGACUGUCCUGCCAUCCCUGUAGACUGCAAUCAGGUGCUGAGGGAGCCUGGAUGUGGCUGCUGCAUGGCCUGCGCUCUGGAGAAAGGAGCGUCCUGCGGGGUUCACACAGCCCACUGUGGUGAGGGUCUCCGCUGCACCCCCAGGCCCGGUGAGGUCAUGCCGCUCCACGCUCUGACCAGAGGACAAGGGGUCUGCACUGAAGACCAAGGGGAGGCUGAUGGAGUCCCUGAACAUGGCUCACUACACUACCUGUUGGGUCUCAACCUUCCCAUGGACCAUCAAGACACUGCCGAGUGCCAAGAGAGCAUCAAGGCCAGGGUCAAUGCCAUCCGCAACAAACUGGAACAACAGGGUCCCUGUCACAUUGAACUGCAUGCAGCACUGGACAUGAUAUCCAGCUCUCAGCAGAAACUAGGAGAGAAGUUCACAACUUUCUACCUCCCCAACUGCGAUAAGCAUGGCUUCUACAAGGCCAAGCAGUGUGAGUCAUCUCUGGUUGGACCGCCCGCUCGCUGCUGGUGUGUCUCUUCCUGGAAUGGAAAGAAGCUCCCAGGAUCAAGUGACCUGGUCGGUGACUCAUCAGAGUGUCAUCAAGAAGUCACUCACUAAAUGAUGGACUCUGCUAUCACCCAUACACACACUUACUGACACAAGCAAAACAUGUUUCAUAAAGUGAAAGUGUAAAUCUACUUGCAACAAACCUGAUGAACUGACUUCCUUUCAUAAAAACACACUCAUUCACACAAAAUGUAAAAACCUAUUUCAGAGGGGGAAAUUUCCUCUCAUUUUAUUUACAUGAUGUAUGUAUCAAGACUUAUUUAUUCUUACUAGCAUUAACCAUUUUGUCAUUUUUAGAUUUUUUAUAUGUUUGCCCAUUUUUUCCCCCCAAUUGUAAAUAGGGCAACACUGUAUACAUUUGUGUUUCUGACUAAAUAACUCCAUUGCUGAA